AACAAAGUCGCGGUAACGCUGUGGGGAACCCAAGCAGGCCUAGUGACCGAUGACAUACCAAACAAUGGAUCACAACCACACAUUGUAAUAAUCACAGCUACCCGAGUAACAAUGUUCAACGGGAACUAUCAACUCAAUUCAACCGGAGGAACUAAGAUAUACAUCAACCUAGACAUCCCAGAAGUACAACAUUUCAAAAAAGAGAUGGUUGAUGUCCCGCUACAAGAAAUAGUCCGAAUAGAAGUCGCCCAACCAGAGAGCUUGGAGGAGGCGAUGAUCAAGAAUCGGAAAACAAUCAAAGAACUACAACAACUAUACAUGGAAGGAGAAGAAAAUGAGGAAAUCAUGAACACUUACACUUGCGUGGCACAAAUAUCAUUCAUCCACGACCAAGAGUGCGGUUGGAUGUACACUUCAUGUAACAAUUGCAAAUCAAGAGUAGAUGAGAAUCAAUACUGCAACAAAUGCCAAGUAGUCCCGGAAUACCCCAUCGAUAGGUACCGAAUAAUUGCCACAAUUGAUGACGGACACGCAAAGAUGACUGUGGGGAUAUUUGACAAAGACGUGGAAAAAAUCAUUGGGAAACCAAUAACUUCAAUGAUGAAGAUUUAUGAUCAGGAAAAUGGAGCUGAGAAGGUCUCAAAUGAGCUACAACAAUGCAUUGGGAAGACAUGUACACUUAAACUCAAAGUUUACAACAAAGGAUACAUACAAGAGCUAACUGCUAUUAAGGUCUACCAUGUUGAGACGGAUGAAAAAGUAACAACAAAACGACAAGGGAAGGAGAUACUCAAAGAAAUAAAAAAGGAAGGCCGACAAAAUAAAAAACAAAAAACACCAAGGGCUGGCACAACAGAGGAGAUACCAACAACAAGCACAUCCCCAACUACAAAUCAAGAACAAAUCCAACUAACGGACGACGGCAAAAACUCCUGAAAGAUGAGAUAACUACAUACGCCCUUGUGCAUUGCAUGGGUCCAUCUUUUAAAGGGGACACUACUCCAUACUUAAAUAUUAUUAAAAAAACAAAUAAGAGAUGUUGAUUAGUGAGUUUUGUUCACUGUUUUUUCCCAUUGGGUUUUGUUAUUUAACUUAAACGAGACAUUCAAAAAAAAGGUGUAAUUCUCAAAAAAAAAAAAAUGCAGUACCGGAAAAGGGAACAUUAUCUCUC